AUGCCGGGACAGCCGGGCACCGUGCCAGGAGCUCCUGUGCCACAAACACCUCCCACUCUGCCUGUUCAUCAGCCGCUGUCACGCCCGGCGCCUGCGAAAGAUGCCCAGCCGUCACCAUCGAGAGAUAUCGUGGCAUCCACGACUUACCCAAACGAGGCCGCAGACUAUUUUGGUGAACUGUUUGCGCAUCGCUUGCGGUGGGCGCAUGCUGUUAACAGCCAGCGAAUGUUGAGCACAGCUCUUGUUUCGAACUCCCAUUUCCUGGAGGCAGACGUGUCUGCAGGACCCCUCGUAGAACAGAAGUCAGACCCCCUGGCGAAGCCAGGGAAUUCAGGUGCCUCCAGGGUCUCUGUCACAGAAACCUCGGUUGUCACUUCUGCUGGCUUGCCAGUCAUCAUGGCACACUAUCCCACACAGCGGUCGAGCGACCUGUGCUUUGAGCUCUUCAUCGGAGCUGUGCUUAAACACAAUGCGCAUAUUGAUGGCGAGCUUGAUGAAGAGCCUGCCGAAGCCAGCGCCUCUGCGGGACCUGGUGAUGACGCUGCUUCACAAGGUGCUACUGCUAAGGAACAGGACCCAGAACAUAGACCGCAGCGCUCGCCAUUCUCGGAGCCCGUGAUGCACGAUCACCUGUUAGAGGAUUGUCCUGAACGAAGUGCCAGCACCACACUCCUGGAUCAACCAGCCUCUGCUGUGGUUCGACAUGGAACCACUGCGGGCCAAGAGGCCGCCGCCUUCGCAGUAGACUUGCAUCGUGAGCUUGAGAGCCUUGAUCACGGCCAGAUGAUGAUGGCAUGCAUCGGGGCCAGAAGAGGCGGGAGCCGUGUGGUGCGGCACACCUCCAAGAAAGGAGUGGUAAAGCUGGACUUCAAGGUUUUUGAGUGUGUGGAGCCAGCACUGAGACACUUGCAGAGCAUCGAUGCUGCAAGAAGACUGGGUGGCCACCUGUGGCUGAAUGCUGAUGUCUUUGCUGGGCCUGGGUAUCCUGAGCGCUUUCUGUCCCCCAUAGAUGCGAGGAAAUUCGUGCAGCUAUGCGCCGAGCUUGUCCCUGAGGCGGUGCUGUCUUUGAGCUGGGGAAGCUCUAUCCUGUCGGCAAGCAGGCAUUACACCAUGGACAUGGUCAACAGCUGCUCACCUUGA